UUGCUUGUCGCCCCCGCCAGAUUCAAGAUAUUACGCAGUUCAAGAACGAGUUUGAUAAAUUGGCUCAAGCCUUUACCGAAUUUGAAAGUCCUUACCCUUCGUUCAAACAAGUUCUACGGUCCUAUAUCUCCUCCUCAUCAAGCUCCUCUCGAAUUUCCCGAGCUGCGGAUAUUUGAAAUAGCUGAUAAUAAGUUAACUGGAAGCUUGCCACCAAGUUUCUUUGUGAAUUGGAAAGCAUCAUCUCUAACGAUGAAUGAAGAUGCGAAUUUAUAUAUGAUACACAGUGAAGUUGGCUAUAGAUUUAUGGAUUUUAUUGAUUUGAAAUACAAAGGUUUAUCUAUGGAGCGAAAUUGGGUCCUUACUUCUUAUGCCGCCAUUGAUUUUUCUGGAAACAGACUAGAAGGACAGAUUCCUGAAUCUAUUGGUCUCUUGAAGGCAUUGAUUGCGCUCAACUUAUCGAACAACGCAUUCACAGGCCAUAUUCCUCUGUCUUUCGCCAAUCUUAUGAAUCUCGAGUCUCUAGACUUGUCAAGAAACCAACUCUCUGGCACUAUUCCGAACGGAAUCAAGACCCUCUCGUUUUUGGCGUACAUAAAUGUGUCUCAUAACCAACUCAAGGGUGAAAUACCACAAGGAACACAAAUCAUUGGGCAACCUAAAUCCUCCUUUGAAGGAAAUGCAAGGCUUUGUGGUCUUCCUCUCGAGGAAAGUUGCUUUGGCACUAGGGGACCUCCAAUGCAGCACCAUAAGGAUGAAGAUGAAGAAGAAGAGGAACAAGUGUUAAGCUGGAAAGCAGUGGCAAUAGGAUAUGUACCUGGAGUGUUGUUUGGAUUGGUGAUGGCACAAGUCAUUGCUUCAUACAAGCCGGAGUGGCUCGCCAAGAUAACUGGUCCGAAUAAGCACAGAAGCCGUUAAGAAUGUUUCGGUUUCGAAUGUGAUUCUUCAAUGGCUGUCAAGUAGUUGUUGUUCUUGUAUUGAAGCAUUUCCGUGUUGGUUAUGUAGUCUUUAUCUAAUGCUUUGUUUUGUUUAUUUUUUCUCAGUAGUCAUAUUCACAUACAUCUCUGUUUUUUCUAUACGCCGU